AUGGCUUUCCACCAAAGAUCGAUAAGUUUGCCUUCUAGGCCUCACGUCAGUGAGACCGAAGUCGAGGAAGAGCUCCACCACCUAGAAGCAAGCCUCUCUUCCUCCAGUUCCAUCAGCACGAUCACGAUGUGCGAUGGUCUCAGGACUCUUGCAAACAUCUACGAUGGUCUUGAAGAAAUCAUCUGCCUACCAACCAACCAAGUUUGCUCCUCUGCUGGGAGGAGCAUGUUGGAUGGAGAAAUAGACGGUUCUCUUGAGCUGCUAGAUCUCUGCAACGCCAUGCAAGAGAUCUUCGUCGAGAUGAAGGCCAUCAUCCAAGAGCUGCAAUUGGCUGUAAGGAAAGGUGAUGACGCAGCUACUCAGGCCAAGAUCCAAUCCUACACCCGCUUGGUGAAGAAGUCAAAGAAUCUUUUCAAGAAGACUGCGAAGAAGGCUCCUGCAGAUUGUAGCAUGGUCAUGCUGUUGGCCAAGGCUAGAGAGAUCUCUGUGUCUCUGCUGGAGUCCACACUCCAUCUCUUGUCGAAGCAAAUUGAAAUGCCAAAGCAGUCUCUUGUCUGCAAGGCAUUUUACAAGAAGAAGGCCGUUGUUUGCGAGGAGGAGAAAUUGCAGGAGUUAGAGUGCAGCAUCCAAGAUCUUCAGAAUGGAGCAGGAAAUCUGUUUAGGAAAUUAGUCCAGAACAGAGUUUCUCUUCUAAACAUUCUUAGCUCAUAGAUACUACACAUCACUCUACUCACUGUGAUUGGCAUCCGCCUUUUUGAGGAUGAUCCGAUCUUGAGACAGUUUUGCCAUAUGUAUAGAGUACAAACGUACAGAAAUUAUAGAAACAAAGACCAAAGUUUCGAUCCA